UGUCAAAAAAAAAAAAAAAAAAAGAAAGUAUUUCCUUAGCAUUGUGGAUGAGCAUUCCUCAAUCUCCAUCACCAGUCACUAAAUUCCUUCCUCCUUCCACGCAUUCUUCCGACCACAAUUUUCCGGCGAAUUCGGCGGCGACGGUGACAGAGACGGCGAUCAGCUGUGCCCUAAAUUCCAACUUGAUUACUAGCACUACCUCUAUCUUCUCAGGAAUAAUAGUUGAUAUAGAAGUUUUUAAAAAUUUCCUCCAUUGAAGCGGCUUUUGAGCUUUCUCUUCAGUCUCGAGUAUCCACCAUUGAAAGUAACGGCUUCUGAGGGGGUGGGUGAGGCAUCAAUUCACAAACUAGCUUUGUUGAAGAAAAGAGCGCAAGCAAAUGGCAAGCUUCUGCUGCAGAGCAAUGGUUGCAUUUGGAACAGGAACAAACAUGUUAGUUGGUAGUACGAGAAGCAUUACUGCAAUUCCCAGUUUGUUCAUAAUGAAGAGAGAAAGACGUAAUUACUCCAUUAAAUCUUCUUCUUUUGAUCCACCUGAUGUGGGUCGGUUGGCUGAAACUGCUCGUAUCUCUCUCACCCCCGAGGAGGUUCAUGAAUUUGGUCCUAAAAUUCAGCAAGUUGUUGAGUGGUUUGGACAACUUCAAGAUGUCGAUCUUGAAAGUAUUGAGCCAGCCAUUCGUUCAGAAAUUGAUGGUGACAAUUUACGUGAAGACAUCCCUCAACCAUUUGACAAUUGGGAAGCUAUUAUAGCUUCAUUUCCCAGUUAUGAGGAACCAUACAUCAAGGUGCCCAAAAUUUUGAACAAAGAGUAACAGCAGAUAUGUUUUUUUGUAUCAAGAAUUUUCUGAAGAUGUUCAAUGAUUCUUAGGCAGAGCAUAUUCUAAACUAGGAACAAAAUGCUUCAACUUGUAGUUAUUGCCACAUUAGUGGCCUGUCUGUGUUAUGGCUGAAUAUAAAAAAAUCAGAUCUCUUGGGAGUCAUUGUAAUCUGUCUCCUGUGAAAUGUGAAGGCCAUCUUUUUAGUUGAUUGUCAAGUUGUAACAUUAGGAUUUCGGCACUAAUUACACUCUAAAAAAUAUUCAUGUAUUACUAUCUAGUUAGAUUCA